AUGGUAACUGCCGCUUUGAUGCUACCUGUCGCAUGCGUUGCCAUCCUCUACGUCAUCAAUCAACCCCCACUGAUUAAGCCAUCAAUCAACAGUAAAUCAAGCAAUCCCCUGUCAUCGGAAGUCAGUGGAUGGCAGCAAGCGUGCGUGGAGGAGAAAAUAAAAUACAGUACGAAUUUGUGCACGAUUGAAAGAAGUCAUGCAUCAAUUCUGACUUUUGAAGAAUUUGAACAGGUUUACAGGUAUAAGAAACCCUUUAUUGUGCAUUUUAGCAACGGCGCAGCUGAUUGGACAGAUCCAGUGAAAUGGACUAAAGCCAGUUUGCGGAAGUCGUACAGUCAGUGGUCCACUCUGAGUGGAACAUCAGAGGACAUCGCACGAAGAGGAAGGAAUGGAGGAGACACACAGACAUCCUUUGAAGAAUAUUUGGAGAUUAUACACAAAAAGAAAUAUAGCGAUGAACCCAUGUACGUCUUCGACAGAUGUUUUUACAGCGAUAGUGACCUACCACAGAGUAUCAAACUACCACCGUAUUUCAACAUAAAGGAUGGUGAAGAUUCAAGUAUUUUUUUCCUUGGCGGUUCUGGUUCUGGAGUAAGUUUUCAUAAGCUUGCUGAUGCAUGGAAUGGAGUUAUUUUCGGACGAAAACGUUGGUUUCUAUAUCCACCUCAGAAAACGCCACCAGGUGGUGUUUGGCCAAGUUUUUCUCAACUGGACUGGAUUAACAGCGUUUAUCCCAACUUGCCACCAGAAGAACCACUCGAGUGUGUUCAACAGGAGGGUGAAAUUCUCUACCUGCCCGAGUCAUAUUACCACGGUACAGUGAACAUACGCGACACAAUGGCCAUCGGAAUACAAAAAUACAACGCUGCUACAAAAAUAGAGAAGUUGUUUUACAAAUGCACGUAUUGCAUACAAUAUCAAUUGGGAAAAGGAAGAGGAAAAGACCUUGAAAUUUUAAAGGAGUUAAUUAUCAAAUAUGUUACCAGCCCAGAAAUGAGGCUUAGUCUCAGGUCUAUGCGAAUUGCCGUGAAGACCAAAGCACCAGGUGCAUGCGACGGCGUAAGUACUGGUACAGCAUUACGUCAUAGCAAGUAUAUGGGCAACUCGUGA